AUGAGUAAGGUGGAGAAAAAGCGUCCUGUAAUUGCAGGCAGAGAAAAAGGGCCUGGACCUGGGCGUUAUGCACUCCCUCCCACCAUUGGAUUUAUUGGCCAUGACUUCACCAAGCCAACUAGCCCUGCUUAUUCUUUCCAUGGCAGGAUGAGCAACAACAUGUACUGUAUUGACUCCAGUCCUGGGCCUCAGUAUUAUGUUGAUGCAAAAAUCACUCGCUUUGGGAGGGAUGGCAACCCGUCAUACUCAAUGCUUGGCAGGAUGAAAGCGCCAAAGGAGAUAUUCCAGACGCCUGGACCAGGUGCAUACACCCCAGAGAAUGCCCCGCCAUGCAACCUCCAGCGCAGACCCCCUUCUUACACAAUGGGCUCUCGUACACGCUACCGCCCCAUUGACUCAGUACCUGCCCCGAACAAGUACUCUCUCCCUUCACUCAUGGGCCCCCAAGUCCCCAACAAGCAAGCCAGUGCUAGCUAUACAAUGUCAGGUCUUUACAGGACAGGGGGACCAUCUGAGGAUUUAUCUAAGACACCAGGGCCUUGUAGGUACAACAGCACAAACCCAGAUGUGUAUUUGCCCCGACAGCCAGCGUUCUCCAUGCUGGGGCGUCACAGCUUACCCCGAGAUGUCACCAAGAAGCCUGGUCCUGGAACUCACAACCCAGAAAAGGUGACAGUCAACAAGGUCCGGGCCCCAGCCUACUCUCUGGGCAUCAGACACUCCGAGUUUGUCACCCCACUAGUUGUCAAUGUAGCUGACUGA